AUGUCAGAAAUUAAAAAGGUGAGGGAAUGGGAAGAAGUCACUUCAGUUGAUCUCCAGCCUUGUGGUUCAGGAUCUCCCACAGAAAGGGUUUUGAAACUUCAGUUCAGGAACAACAACUUGGUUACCGUCAGGAGGAUCUUAUUGUCAGAGGAGCCAUUUGGCUCUCCAGACCUGGAUUUCUUUGAGGAUAUGGAUACUGAUGAGCCUAGCCAGUCAAAACGUAGUGAAGCAGAGAGUAAUGUGGCUGCUGCUCUUCAUCGUCAGAUCAAUGCUGUGAAGUCUCACUUGUUGGAUGUCAAAGUGGAUCUAGAAAGAAAGAUGAGUUUCAGCAGGAAGUUGGCUCUGAAGAUAGCAGAUGGAAGUGGGGAACCUGUACAUGAACAUGCAGGAGAAGAGUUGUAUUCUGGGAGUGUGAUAAAGUUGCAGGAUCUACCUACUCAGCCUCUGGAAGAUAUCCAAGAAGACAGAGUUAUAUGGAGACCAAGGUUAAUAUUGAUGGUGAGAGACCAGGAACUUGCCUAUAAGACAAGAGCUGUGGUUUUGAAGAACUCUUUGACUGCCCCUGAUACUGAGCAUCUUCCAUGGGACACCUGCAUUACAAGUCUAAGUUCAGGGGAAGAAGCAACUGUUGUUGCAUCCUUAAUCUGCAUCCCAUUUGGAAGGAAGUCAGAAGUGAUCAUAUUUGGAAGAGUGGAAUACAGUGAAGGGGAUGAGACCUCUCCAACUAAGUCUGUUACUAUCAAUCCACCAUUUCAUGUCUUCAUGCAGGACUUCAUUCAAGAGAAUCCUUCAACAACUUUCAGUAGGGGUCUAACAGAGCAAGAUAUCAUGAGUCUCCUAUCAGCAUCUGAAGAGGAGGUGCAGUUAUCCUUGAGGUCGAUCUGCUUCUCUGAUCCAUUUGAAACUUUUUCUCUUGCCCUUACUCGUGAUCUGAGGUUCCGGGAAUCUUCAUGGCUUCCACAUGUAUUCCAUGCUUCUGAAGCAUCUCCAUCUAUCUUCCACUUCCUUCUUGUUCACAUUGGAAGGAGAGAGAGAGGCAUCAUGGUUGAUGUUGUUUCCAGGGAUGCAUCCUCCUGCCUUGCAUUCUUGCAUGCGAUGAAGGCUCACCUUCCUGAUGAUGUUCUCAUGUCUCAAUGCAAAGAAGAGAAAGUGAAAGAAGAGGAGAAACUCAUAGAACUCCUGAGCAAUAUGAGGAAGGAAGUGGAUUUCAUAUUAAGUGAAGGCAAGGAAGUGCUCACAGGAGAGACACCCUAUCGUGCCUUUCGAGAAAAACUCUCCAUCCUUGAAGAUGAGACUGAUUCCCUUCUGACUGUGAUCUGAGUAUUUGCCAUACUAUUUGACUUCCCUCCAUGCCCUUAUGGUACUGAAUAAACUUUGUGCUUCAAGGUACA